AACCAUGGUCAAGGGUGGUCGCGGUGGCUCCAAGAAGAAGGCGACGUCUCGCUCGGCGAAGGCGGGCCUCCAGUUCCCGGUCGGGCGCGUGCACCGGCACAUCAAGCUCGGCCGCUACGCCUCGCGCAUCGGCGCGGGAGCGCCGGUCUACCUGGCCGCCGUCCUCGAGUACAUGGCGGCCGAGGUGCUCGAGCUCGCGGGCAACGCCGCGCGCGACAACAAGAAGUCGCGCAUCAUCCCCCGGCACAUCACCCUCGCGGUGCGCAACGACGAGGAGCUCAACAAGUUCCUCGGCGGCGUGACCGUCGCGCAGGGCGGCGUCCUCCCCAACAUCCACUCGGUGCUCCUGCCGAAGAAGUCCAAGAAGGAGUGAGCUCUCUGCUAGCCUUCAACCAACCCCCGGUGUUUCUAAACACCACCCUUCUCUC